AAACACUCAAACCUUUCAAAAUCAAUCUAACCUUUCACAAAAAUGGCGAACCGUAGUGGGCCUGCUAGGCGCGUUCCUGAAACUGAAGCCACAAUUACGUACGUUCAGUGCGAUGGAUUGGCGGUAAUGAAAAUAGUGAAACAUUGCCAUGAGGAAUCAUGCAGCAAUAUGGAGGUGGCCCAGGGAGCGCUGCUCGGUCUGGUGGUGGAAAACCGUCUGGAGAUCACCAACUGCUUCCCGUUCCCCAAGCACGAUGAUACCAUGGACGAGGAGGAGUAUCAGCUUGAUAUGAUGAGGAGACUGCGCCGUGUGAAUGUUGAUCAUUUCCAUGUUGGAUGGUACCAGAGCGCAGAUGUGGGCAACUUCCUGAGCCAGUCUCUGCUCGAGUCGCAGUACCACUAUCAGACCUCCAUCGAGGAGAGUGUGGUUGUCAUCUAUGACACCAAGAAGUCUGCACGAGGCUUCCUCACGCUGAAGGCUUACCGCCUGACUCCUCAGGCCAUCGCCAUGUACAAGGAAGGUGAUUACACACCAGAAGCCCUGCGUAACCUGAAGAUUGGCUACGAGAGCCUGUUCAUCGAGGUGCCUAUAGUGAUCCGUAACUCUCCGCUCACCAACAUCAUGAUGUCUGAGCUGUCUGAGAUGAUCCCUGAGGAGGAGGGGUCCAAGUUCCUGGAUUUGGGAACUGCUUCAGUAUUGGAAGGCCAACUCCGCAGCCUAAUGGAGCGCGUAGACGAACUGAACCAGGAAGCCAUCAAGUUCAACAGAUACCAACAGUUAGUUGUACGUCAACAACAGGACAAGCACCGCUGGUUGGCCAAGCGGACACAAGAGAACUUGGCCCGGGCUGCCAAGGAUGAACCACCGCUACCUGAAGAAGAUAUGAACAAACUCUUCAAGCCCCACCCCGUUCCGCCUAGGCUUAACCCUAUGAUCGUUGCUGGUCAGAUUAACACCUACAGCCAACAUAUAAGCCAGUUCUGUUCCCAGAGUCUUGCUAAAUUGUAUCUGACGCAAGCACUCCAAAACGCUAAGGAAUCUAAGCAGAACAACUAGUUUUGUAUUGUAUUAAAUUGAGUGUCACAUA